UCCUCUCUGAAAUCAAUAAAAAAGAUUUUUUUAAAGAGGUUCACAGAAUCUCAAGUUGUUCUCUAAAAAGACUAAGACCCAUAAUAUAUAAGAACCUUUUUGGCUGUAAUGAGUCUCAUUCCAAUGCAUAAUCCGUAUAAAGGAAACGAUAAGAUGCUAUAGAGCUUACAUUAUGAAAGUUAAGUCUUGGGAAUUGCCUUUUUGUGUGACAGUAAAUUGUGGCUUCUUUGGUCAUUGUUAGCAGCAAGCACUUAAAUAAACCCUCCUGUUGUGCAGGUUCCGGAGUUGUGUUUGUUUCUCCUAGUAUUUGGAGACUGGACUAAUCUAAAUUAUAUCUGAAAUGUUGGGGUGGUGUUUGUUCUCACCGUCGCUGGCAUUGGUUCUUCAGUUCAAUGGGGAGAUAAUCAGCAGGGAAACUUGACCGUGGGAAAGGUGAGCUCGCGCCUGGAGUGCGCCCUGCCGGUGCCCGUUCUCACGCUGCUCCGGUGUCCUCCGCUGACCUUGUUUGAGUACCACCAUUGUUUGCUGUCCCGUGGUGGCAGAAUAACUAAUGAUUUUUUGCAAAACUAGAGAGAGCUCUCGGAUCAGGAAAUGUACGGGAAGGUAUUUACAUAUUACCAGGAAGGCCAUGUUUUCCCCAAACAACUGCUGGGCCUUUUGCAGUAAUUACAGUGCCCCAGGCGCUGACAGUUCAGCUGUCUCCUGAUGGACGGGCUCCAAGCAAACUGCUCCCACCGGCAGGUCAGGGCCCUGGUACAUGCCCGUGGCUGUGUGUGAGGGAUGUUCUUACACUCUGUUCCUCUGGUGAACACGUGGGGAUGUUCGGGGACAGUCAUGAUUCCAAGGAAGCCUGAGACAAAUCCUAUCGAUUAGGGGGAGAAGUAUUUUGCAGUGUGAACAAUUACUCUUUUUUCCCCAAUUUACCUGUUUUCUGGGUUUCUACCAUAAAUGUGUUAAGUUUGGGUGAUAUGAUGCAUUCUUAGAAUUUCUUCAAACUUUAUUAUAAUUUUAGGGAAAUAAGUUUAAUAGUUGGUUAAGCCGAUGUCUUGUUCAUACCUAGCAUUGCAAAAUUACCUAGCAGACCAAAUUCAGGGUGGGGCCAACGGAGGCUUACCGCUGUUCAUAUAGAAAAUAGUACAGUAGUCAGUAAUGAUAACACAAGAACAAACUCGGGUUCGCGGACUCACAGCUGUGACCCUGUUCCUGCCCGUCCAGUCUGUGUUCCUUUUUGGUGAGUGUAGGAGGCUAAGGCAGUCACAGUCCCUGCCGCGCUCGGGACCCAUAACGGAUUCUCUUGACUCUAGAGCAGUCCUGUCCCGAGGAGGACCCUGAAGAUGAUCCAGCCGUCCACAGCCGGGCCCCUCGUCGGCAGAGAGAACGAGCUGGUUAAAGGCUCGUUCAAACCGAAGCAUCGCAGUGACCAGUCGGCGUCUAAGACUUCCGGCUCUGGAGUCCCUGCUGUCCCGGAGCACGGGGAGAGCAAGGAGCUCGGAGGACUUACCCAGGAGGCACUGGACCUCAUGGCUGCAGAAAACCCGUCCUCCCAGUAUUGGAAGGAAGUGGCGGAGCAGCGGCGGAAGGCUCUCUAUGAAGCGCUGAAGGAAAACGAGAAGCUCCACAGAGAGAUCGAGCAGAAGGCAGGUGAGAUCGCCCGCCUGCAGAGGGAGAACCGGGAGCUGGCGGCGGUGGCGGAGCACGUGCAGUACAUGGCGGAGGUCCUGGAGCGGCUGAAAGGAGACGCUCUGGAGAGCUUCGAAUCGCCGGACAGCGAGGGAUCUGACUCUGAGUCUGAGAAGGAGGCGGGCGAGGAUCCUGAGGCGGAGGCCCCAGCGCGGGCGUGAGGGCCAGGGCAGCCGUGUCUUCCUCCACGGACGCCCGGCCCGGCGCGUGAGCUGCGCAGAGACUCAGAAAAGACGUGCCCAGGUACCGCCACGACGGUUCUUGGUGGCGGAGCAAAUAGCUGUGAUGCAGACGUCUUGUUUGAGCCCUGGGACCCUAUCGUGUUAAAAUACAAAUACUGUAUGUUUUAAUCUAUGGUGUUUUAUGUAAAUAACAUUUUCUCAGAUGUCAGACACAACUUGUGUACAUGAUAAAUAAACUUCGUUUCCUAGUGAGCAUAUGUGUUUCUUGGAAAAA